AUGUUUCAAUUAGGUUCCUGUGUACGAGGAUAUUGUCGAUCAUUAUGGAUUACUAAGUGCCCAUACUGUCGACUAGUUAUUGCCACUGAAUUAGAAGACCAUUUGGGCUCUUACAAACCUUGGUUAUGUAAUGUUUGCGGUAAAUGGUACAAACAUAAGGAAUCUCUAAGACGGCAUACUAGAGAUGAAUGUGGGAAAAUGCCCAGGCACGAAUAUGAUCUGGAUGAGAAAUUACUAAUGAAUCUUCGAUUAGAUGAAAAACACACAUGUCCUGAUUGUUUAGACUCAUUCAAAAAUCUACCAGCUUUAAACUUUCAUCGUUCUGAAGUUUGUGGUUUAGAUUUAAAAUAUGAAUGUGUAAAAUGUCAUCGACGAUUUAAACACAAACAUAAUUUAAGAGAUCAUAAAACUGUAUAA